CUCAACUGUAAUUUCUUUACUAUACUCACACCAUGUUAUUCUCGCCACGGGCAGCCCUGAGGGGCGUUUCCAGUAUUCGGGCAUUCUCAACCACUAACAGACUCCUCCGAUCUGACCUCUCUUUCCAGGUCUUCGGACCGGAAAAGGACAAACCGACCCGAAGUCCGAUUGUCUUCCUGCACGGCCUUUUCGGCUCAAAGCAGAAUAAUAGGAGUAUUAGCCGGGCCUUGGCACGUGAUCUGAAGCGUGAGGUGUAUAUAGUGGACCUCCGAAAUCAUGGCAACUCAUUCCACGAUCAAGAGCAUAACUACCCUGUUAUGGCUGAUGAUGUAGCCGAGUUCAUCCAUGAAAACGACCUGCGCAAGUGUGUCCUCAUCGGUCAUUCAAUGGGCGCCAAAGCCGCCAUGACUGUUGCUCUCAAUACCCCCGAGCUCGUCUCGGCUCUCAUCCCGGUUGACAACGCGCCGGUUAAUUCUCCCCUGCAGACUGACUUCGGCAAAUACAUUCGGGGAAUGCAGCAUAUCGAGUCUGCGAAUGUGACAAAGCAAUCAGACGCCGAUAAGAUUCUCCAAGACUAUGAAGAAUCCACGCCCAUUCGCCAAUUCCUGCUCACCAACCUGAUCCGCUCUCCAGAGGACCAGACGAUGAAAUUCCGCGUCCCACUAGCCACGCUAGGCGAGGCUCUUAAGGGAAUGGGCGAUUUUCCGUUCCAUGAACCUGGCUCUGUUCAGUAUCCGGGACCUACGCUAUUCGUUCGUGGCACGAGGAGUCGCUAUGUCUCUGAUAAAACCUUUCCGGCGAUUAAGGCGUUCUUUCCGGAUUCACGGAUUGCUGAUGUGGAGGCUGGGCAUUGGCUUAUUUCGGAGAACCCAGAGGCGUUUAGACAGGCGGUGGUUGAAUUUUUGCAAGAAACUGCAUAGAAUGGACCCGAGAAUAAGCGUUAUUAUCGAUUAGAUUUCAUGUUCGUUGUUUGGUUAAUACUUCUACAUAGAACAAAAUAGGAUGGAAAUAAUACCUCCAAAAUGGAAGGUGAGGCCUUGAAGAUAAAGAAGAUGUGGGCCUCCAAAAGUAAUAAGGUGGUUAGUAGUGGUCAUGGUUUUCGUUACCGAAUAACGCCAAUGCAGGGUAUU